AUGGCAUUCCGGCGCCCCUCGACGCUCGCAGCGUCAGCGUCGCUGCUCUCGUCGGCAACCGCUGCCAGUCGGUCUCGCACCGCCGGCGCUCUGCCUCGUUUCAAUGGCUUCCGCUCCUCUUCCAGCUCGACCUCAGCCUUGGCCUACAAGGCAUUGCACCGUCGGUCUCCCCUCCCCCUGCCGGUCUCCGAUGCCUCGCCUCAAUGGGAUGCUCCGACUGCCGUCUCGAGCAUUCUGUACGAGACGCCCGUUCCUCCUAGCAACCCCCCGAAGCGACACAUCCUGAACUGCCUUGUGCAGAACGAGCCCGGCGUGUUGUCCCGAGUGUCCGGAAUUCUGGCUGCCCGUGGCUUCAACAUUGACAGUUUGGUGGUGUGCAAUACGGAGGUCGAGGACCUCUCCCGCAUGACCAUUGUGCUUAAGGGUCAGGAUGGUGUUGUUGAGCAGGCUCGCCGCCAGCUGGACGACCUGGUUCCCGUUUGGGCUGUCCUGGAUUACACCGAUUCCGCUCUGGUGCAGCGUGAGCUCUUGCUCGCCAAGGUCUCCAUCCUGGGUCCUGAGUUCUUUGAGGAGCUCCUGCAGCACCACCGUGAGAUCACCACUCCCACCGAGAGCCUGGAGAAGGACAAGCAGAGCGGCCAUUCCAUUGAGCAGAUCGAGUACCACCCUCGCAAUCUGCCUCCCAGCCAGGCUCUACGCCACAAGCACGAGCACCUGGACGCUAUCACCCGCCUGACCCACCAAUUCGGUGGUAAGGUUUUAGACAUCAGCACCAACAACUGCAUUGUCGAGCUCUCCGCCAAGCCCAACCGUAUCGACUCCUUCCUCAAGCUCAUCGGCCCCUUCGGUAUCCUCGAGUCCACCCGAACCGGUCUCAUGGCCCUGCCCCGCUCCCCUCUGUCUGAGCAGACCGAGGAGCUCGAGAAGGAGGCCGCCGACGUUGUUGAUGCCAGCACCCUGCCCCCCGGCUAA